AUGCUUUGCAUCAAAUCUGACACAUUAAGCUGGGAUCAAAAAUAUGUGGCAUUAAAAUCAGUUACAAUCGUUUCAAAGAUUCGUUCAUUUGGUGCAGAUGUUAGUAUUACACAAUUAUUUCGAAAUGAUGAAAAUCAACCAAUUGAAGCUGUAUAUUGUUUUCCAAUUGAAGAAAAUGCUGCAAUUUAUUCAUUUGUAGCAAAAAUUGAUGAUAGAGAAAUUCGUGCUCAAUUGAAAGAAAAAAUUCAAGCACAACAAGAAUAUACACACGCUUUGCAACAAGGUCAUGGUGCUUAUCUUAUGGAACAAGACGAAAAAUCACAAGAUAUAUUCAUUAUCAAUGUAGGAGCUCUACUUCCUGGAAAAGAAUGUCAAAUUCAAAUUAUCUACGUAACUGAAUUGGAUCUUAUUAGUCAAAAUAAAAUUCGUUUUGUUGUACCAACAACAAUAGCACCACGAUAUAAUCCGUCAGUUGGUGGUAUUUCAUCUCCUGCUGGUACACAAACAAAAUAUGUUCAAUCAACAUUGUAUACAAUCGAUUUUCAAUGUCAAAUUGAUAAACUACAUGGAGAAAUAACAAGUGUUUCAUCAUCUUCACAUUCAAUUGUAAUUAAAUUUAAUGAUAAUAAAUAUGAAAUAACAUUUGGUCAAAAGAAUACAUUUAUGGAUCGAGAUAUUAUUCUUGAUAUUGAAUUAUCAACACGAACAAAUACAAUUUUAGCUACUGAAAAAAAUGAUAAACAUCAAUUGGCUUUAAUGGCAUCAUUUACACCUACGAAUAAAGAUUGUAGAAAAGCAUUUAAUACUAACAAAAAUAUCAAGGAUGUAAAUAAUGAAUUUAUUUUUAUUGUUGACUGUAGUGGUUCAAUGCAACAUGAAAAUAAAAUUGGUCUUGCUCGUCAAGCGAUGAUUUUAUUUCUCAAGAGUUUACCAGUCAAUUGUCAAUUUAAUAUUAUCCGAUUUGGAUCUGAUUAUAGAACAUUGUUUAAUAAUGUAACUGAAAUAUAUAAUAAACAAAAUGCAAGACAAGCUGAACAAUUGAUUUCACAAAUGUCGGCUGAUCUUGGUGGAACUGAAUUAUUGAGACCAUUACAAUGGUUACAAAAUCAGGCACCUGUUAUUGGUCAUUCUCGACAAAUAUUACUACUGACUGAUGGAGAAGUAUCUAAUGUUACCGAAGUAAUGAAUCUUUGUCGAUCAAUGUCAACAUCAACAAGAAUUUUUUCAUUCGGUCUUGGUCAUUCACCAAGUCGAUCAUUGAUUAAAGGUCUUGCUCGUUCAACAAACGGUCGAUUUACAUUUAUUCCUCCAGGAACAAGUGUCGAUGUUCAUGUUGCUGAACAACUUCAAAAAGCUCACGAACCAUGUAUUACUAAUGUUAAAAUUAAAUGGAAUAUUUCAUCAUUAACAUCAUCCAAACUUCAAACUAUUCCAACAAUUAUUCCACCUAUUUAUGCCAAUGAUCGUCUUUUAUUUUAUGCACUAGUCGAAAGUGAUCAAUUCAAUCAUUCCACAACUGUCGAACUUUGGAAUCAUGACGAAACAGUUCAACUUGGAUUAGCUAGAAUCGAUCAUAUACCAGAGACUACAGAUGAUAAUAAUAAUCAAUUAAUAACUCAUUUGGCAGCUAAGGCUCUGAUUCAAGAAAUUACACAUUCUAAAGAAUUACAAGCCGGAUCUCAACAAACUAGAUUGCAACAGAAUAUAGAAGAUGAUAGAAAAAAGCAAGCAAUCGCUAUUUCAUUAAAAUAUAAUAUUCUCUGUCCACACACAGCUUUUAUCGGUAUUGAAACACGUACAGAUUCAUCAGGCAAAAAUGCCAACUCGAACAUGAUAUUACGAGAAAUUCCAAUCGAAAUAUCAGCCGAUGAUAAAGUCAUGACCGGAUUACAAUCUAUAUUCGUCACUUCACAUGAUGCUAGCUUAAAUUGUAAAAGGAGAACAAUGCCUCAAUAUCAACAAUCAAUGUCCACAUACGGUUCUACUACAUUACCGCAACAAUCGACAUUAGGAUUUUCUUUUGGUGCAUCUUCUAGUCAUCAACAAUUUUCUUCACAAUAUAACCCAUAUCCACCACAAGCAUCACUAUCCGCAUAUUCUUUUGGUGCACCUUCCACUUCUCAACAAUAUUCUCCAUCAUCUGACACAUUUUUGCAACAAGCACCAUUAUUCGAUUCUUGGUCAUCUAACAUUUCACGAGAAACUGGUGACUAUGGUAGAUUCUCCUUUACCAAUACAAACAUUGAUGAAGCAAGUUCUUUAUUUUCAUCUUUAAUGACUGAACAGAAAAUAUGGCCAUCAAAUGAUCAAGACAUUGUUCGUCACUUGAUUAAUUUACAAAAAUUUGAUGGACUUUGGAAUUUAACUGAUGAUGAUAUUCAAAAUCUUUGUCAUAAACCACUAAAAUCUUUUCAUUCAAUUAUCACUAAUGAUUCGAUUAUUCUAACAACUGUCAUUGUUAUCAUUGUCUUGGAAAUGAAAUAUGAUACCUUCAAAACAAUGUGGUUAUUUGUAGUAAAUAAAGGAAGAAAACGUUUAAUAGAAUUGUUGGGUGAUACAAAAAAACUCGAAAGAUUAAUUAAUGACAUCAAACAUCAACUAUAA